AUGUCGAAGCGGAGUUGGCAAGAGGCUAAUCUGCCCUCCCCUCGGUCUGCUGCAACAAGCCUUCAACAAGCUGGUUCUUCGACGUCGCCCCAUUCCUAUGCCUCGCCUGCACAACCCACCUCGCCGAGAAAGAUACGCAGUUCCAUGGACGAGCCUCCUCUCCUAGCCAAAGGCCCUCCGAAACCGCAACGAGCCAAUUCCGUCAAUGGUAUCCAUGGCGAUUCCAGUAAACUGCCCGGAAUAUCAAGAAAAGUGAAGGCAUGCGCAGCAUGUCGCAAGCAGAAAAUAAAAUGUAUUAUGCACGGAGACCCUCCAUGUCAGCGAUGCAAAGAGCGAGGGCUGUCAUGCCGACUAAACAAGAGUCUACAAACCCUCAUGUCGGAGGACUCGAAGUGGAAGGCGGCAGUCACGAAAGACGUAACGUCGCUCUAUUCCACCGUGGAAGAGAUAGUCCGAACACUUCAAUUGCCGGCAUUACCGCAGAUGCUUACAUCGACGCAAGACCCAGCGAUAUUUUUUGACCAGGAGGAUCACAAUGACCAAGACGAUGAAGAUCAAUCGCUUGACAAUUCGCCCAAGGUUACACCCGUCGCCGACAACUUGUCUCACGUCCCGAUUGAGUCAUUGUAUCAGAUCACCGGCAUGCGGUCUUUGCGAGCGACGGAGAAUAUAACGGAGGACCAGUCGCGAAUAUGCAAACAACUGCGUGACACUGAUUUCAUAGCCCGAGGCAUCAUCAAACUAGAAGAAGCCGAGCAUUUGGCUACCUACUACCUGAGCAAACUCGAUCCAUACAUCUGGCAUAUGUGCAUGGGUUACAAAGAUCUCGAGUCCUUCCGACGGCGGUCACCCACCCUGACUGCCUGUAUUCUGACCGUGGCCGCUCUUCAUGACACAAAACUGGGUCAUCUCUACUCCAUAUGCAGCAAGGAAUAUCGCAGGCUAGUGGCCAACGCCAUGUUCGAAAGGAAGAUCGACAUGGAAUACCUGAGAGCAUUGGUGCUUGGUUCUUACUGGCUGAGCGACAUCUCAUGGACGCUCUCGGGAUAUGCCAUUCGCCGAGCCACGGAAUUCCAGCUGCGGCGGUACUACCAUGAUAUUGCAGAAUCAAACCGGUUCCCAGGCAAGGUAGACCAGGACACCCUGCAGGAAGCCAUUGACGGACUCCGCGUACUAUAUGCCCUGUACAUCUGCGACCAUCAUCUUUCUAUUCUUUACGGUCGAUCCUCCAUUAUGCGCGACAACGAGAGCUACAUCACAGGAUGGGAAGCAUAUCUUGCUUGCUCGUUAGCCACCGACGCCGACCGCAGAAUCGCAGGACAGAUCUGCCUAAUGUACCUGAUGAACCAAAUCCGGGAGACGCUUGGUCCCGAAGACACAGGCUCGGUCUUACCACCUUCCGCUCUCAGCAAGAUCGCGGGCUUUGAACGGGAUCUGGACGACUGGAUCGCAAGAUUUUCCAGACAUAAUCCAAGCAAAAAGAUCGGUAAUUGGCCGAACAAAGGCGCCAUCAUGCAGUACCACUGGGCCAAAUUGUAUCUCCAAUCCUAUGUGCUUCGAGGACUCCCUGAAAAUGGGGCCGUCAUUCCUGAAGCCUUUCUCGAGAAUGCGUCGGCCGCUGUAUUCGCGGCGACAGCGAUCAUCAAUCUCCUGUUAGAGGAUAAGGAUGCGCAGCAAGGAAUUGCCUACGUUCCACACCACCUUCACGGCAUGGUCGCGUUCGCUUGUAUGUUUCUGCUCAAGGUUGCCACCAGGCACAGCGAGCAGUUGUUUGUGGACAAGGCCCGCUUCCAGAAACUGAUCGAUGCGUUGGCUCAACAGUUCAAAGCCACCAACGUCGGUAAAGACCAUUUGCUCCACCGGAUGGCAGAGGGAUUGGAAAAGAUGGCAGAAACUCUUGGGGGAUCGGCCCGUGCGAAGAGUCGCACAGUCAAUGGCACAGACGGAGACCCAAGUCAAUCAUUGACAUCUCCAAGUCUGGCCACGGGGAAUGCUACCCCUGAUCAGAAACCCCACAGGCAAGCUAAUGCUCCGGAAUACAACUCUUUGGAACCUGCCGCCUUCGAUUUCGGGGAUCCUGCCCUCGGACUUGGCAUGCCAUUCUUCGAUUUCGAGGGGACAACCCUGGAUGCAGGAGAAUCGAUGUGGAAUUUUGCGACAUAG